CCGGUCGGUGGGUGAGUCAGUCUCCCAGACGCGUUCAGGCCGUGCGGUUGCGCCCGCGCUCGUCAGCCAAGCCCGCACCGAGCGAGCGUGCGCGCGCGCGCGAGUGAGUGAGUGGAGUGCGUCAAGAGUACAUGGAUAUCCCUCCUCGAGCCUGAGCGACGUGAACAAAGGUACAAAGGAGUCCUUUCGGGCCGACCCCGGGCGCAGGGGUGUCGCUGACUCACGCACGGCAGCCGGCCGAACUCAGGCCAGCAGCGCCAGCAGAGUGACUCAUCAUCCCAAGGACGCCCGCCGCGCCGCGCCUGCUCCUGGAAAACAAAACGCUUUUCCCAGAAGUGCGGCCAGGAGGCGCGACGCGACCCCAGGCCGAGGCCCGCCCGGGACCGUGCGGAGCCGGCAGCCGGCAGCGCACCGGUGACUCCUUCGCCUCCAUGGGGCGGCCCGGCCACUAGGCCUGCCACUAGGCCCGGCCGGCCGUGAUCGUGCCGAGAGGCCCCGAGAGGCCCCGAGCCCUAUCGUCAUGAACAUGAACGGGAGCCACGGCGGCGGCGGCGGCGGCACAGUCAAGCACAUGACGUCGCUGUACACGCGCCAGCCGUCGCAGACGCAGAUCCCCAUCCCCAAGAAGUUCACCGCGUCGCUCAAGAUGGGCCUGGACACGGGCAGCAAGUCGCCGGUGCUCGCCCGCUCGACGGGGUCGUCCUCCGUGGCCGCUCGCGCGCAACUGUUCCAGAGCGGCAGCGGCUCCAGUAACAACAACAACAACAACGGCGGUUCUGUUACCAACAACAAUAACAACAUUGCCAACGGCGGCGGCUUCCACGCCAGGAACGGCAGCACCACGAGCAGCAACGGCUCGUACAGCCGCAACGGCAGCGCCUCGUCGUCGGGCUCCUCCAGCCCCACCAAGACCGUGGGCGCGAGCCCGUUCAACGGCAAGGUGGUGAGCAACGGCGGCAGCAGCGUGGCGUUCAGCAACGGCGCGCCCCCCAGCCCGGCCAGGGCGGCCCUCGGCAGUUACAGCAACGGCGUGUCGUCCCCGGCGAGCUCGUUUGGGAGGUCGGCGACGACCAACGGCGGCACCGCGUACGGCGGCAGCAGCGUCGCCUUCAACAACGGCGCGCCCCCGGCGGCGUCCCCCGUGCUCGGGCCGGGCGCACCGCUGUCCCCCGGAGCCUCCCCCGCCGACAAGUGGAGGGCCAAGUACGAGGAGUCGGAGCGCAAGAGGAAGCUGCUGCUCACCUCCUCGGAAAAGAACGCGAGGGAGGCCUCCGAGCUCCAGCGGAAGCUGCAGCAGCUGCAGCGCGAGCACGACGCCACCAAGCGCGACCUCAAGGACCGCGAAGACAAGCUGACGCAGCUGAGGACAGUGGUACAAGCAGAACCGCGAGCUGAAGCGCCGCUCCACAGCCAUCCUGCAGAAGGUGGUCCAGGCGCAGCCCGACGGCGCGCUCCUCGACCUCCUCGCCGACGAGACUGACGCAGCCGAGGCUGCCAAGGACGAGGAUGACCUGGAGGACCUGCGCGCCACCGUCAAACGGCUGAGCAGCGAGGUGGCGCGCCUGCAGUCGGAGCUCAACUCGGCCCGCCUGCAGGAGUUCGAGGCCCAGGAGGCGGCCGUCACGGCCUCCGCCGAGCUGGACGAGUCGCGUCGCGCCCAGAACGAGCUGGCCGAGCUCCGGGCGCUCAAGGAGAACAUGGCGGCCGCGGCGUCGCUCGUGCAGAAGGAGGUGGCCGUGCUGCGCCAGCAGUGCGAGCAGGAGCGGAAGACGGCGCGCCGCAUGAAGUCGGAGGCCGACCACGCCGUCAAGGAGCGCAACGUGAUGGCGCACCAGAGCUCGCUGCUGGCCGAGGCGCUCUCCCAGGACGACCGCCUGCUGCCCAUCCUGGCCGAGGUGGAGAACCUCAAGCGCCUGCUGGAGGAGGAGCGCUGCCGCACGCGCGAGCUGCAGGCCGGGCCGCGCGGCCUGGACGACGGCGAGGAGGCCGACGAGCGCAACGAUGUGGUGGAGCUCCUCGACGAGCGCCUCAAGAUCGCCGAGGAGGAGCUGAGGAGCGCGGCCAACCGGGCGGACCGCGCCGAGCGCGAGAACAGCGAGCUGCGAGAGCGACUGUCGCUCUUUGAGAAGGAGCUGGAAGACCGGCGCACAGCCGCGCCGCCACCCCCGCCACCGCCACCCAUGGCCCCGCCCAUGCCGCCGCCGCCGCCACCACCCCCGUUGCCAACCCUCUCCCCUGGCGGGGGCGGGGGCGGUGUGGGCAGCGUCAAGCUGCGCUCGCGAGUGGCGAGCGGCGGCAGCGGUGGCAGCGGAGGUAGCAGCGCCACGGGCUCCAGCGAGGACCUCGUUAACGCGGAGAGGAACGCCGUGCAGGACAUGGCCAACCUGCUGGGCAUUCCCCGCAAGCCCCAAAUGCCGGAGGCAAUACCAGGAGGUGCCAUCGACAACAUUAUCAACCAGAUAAAAGGUGGACGCUUCACUCUGAAGGCAACAGAGCAAAAUCUACAAAAGGAAAAGAAGGAAGAACCUCCCCCAGCAGUGACCGAAAUGCUGAACAUUUUAGGAACGCUGAGACGACGUCCUCGUGCCUCUGCCAAACCCACUGAAGUAUCUGAGGCGCCAAGAGAUGUAGCUUUAUAAUUUCAAAAGAAUAAGAAUUCAAUGCGCUAUAUCAUGUGUACCCUGUGUUUCGGAGCAUAAGCCAGUACGGGCGGCCUACCACUUUGUCCGUAAGGUGCCAUGGCCCCUGUUAGUAGGCGAACCCACCGCUCCGAAACACAGGAUACAUGAAGACAGGUUCCAGUUUUAUAGUGUUUGUGAUAUGAUUAGUGAUUAUGGGUGUCCAGUAACUUACUGGAUUUGAUGCAGUGCUCUCAACUGAACAUAAUUAUCACCAAUAUGCAGUGGGGAAUUCACUUGCUGUGUCUGUUUUCCUCUUUCUACCUUUACCCAUCAAGGUAUGCUUCUAUCCUGUAAAGGGUUGUAAAUAGUAGGAAUUAGAUAUUUUUUGCUCCUUUGUUAUAAGAUUACAAUCAAGACUUUCAAUGUACUUCUACAAGAUUCCUUUUAUGCCGAGUGAAUACUUAACAUCUAGCUUUAAGAAAAUAAUUGACUUAGUAAUCACUGUGUUGGUAAAUACUGGUGCUUUCUCAUAUUUAGGUCAAGAAAUUUGAAAAUCAUGAUCUUCCUUAUUUGCUUGUUGAAACAAUUGCGUACUUUAAUUUUAAGAGAAUAUUUGGAACCACAAGUACCAAUGGUAACGAAAUGAGCCUGUUUCAAAUUUUUCAAGUGUUCAAAAAAAUUUUUGUAACCCUGCUUUGUUGUUUAUUUUAUGAACUUUGACAGAUUAUGACAUUUUUCCCAUGUACAUUAUACUAUGCUGUUGUGUAUAAGAUACUGAUAUCAAACGCGUCAUAGAUAAUAAUAAAUGAGCUGUUAUUCAGAAUCUCUGAUAGUAUAGAGAUAAUAAACUUAUUUCUAUAAAAUA